AUGGGCUGGUCGUACAAGUUUGCCUGGUCAAACAUGUGGUCCAUGGCCGGUUCGACCAGGUUCUCGUGGAGAUGGCCUGUUUCGUCGAUUUUGGUCUCGAGCAGGUUGUUGAGACUUUGUGCCAGGUUGUUGGCCGAGGUUCCAAGAGCGGCCUCAAACUGGUGCGGCGACGGCGACAACUUCAUUGGGGCAGACGACUCGGACGUGGACGGGCCCAGCGGGUCGCUGUGGUCCGGUUUGAUCGAAGCGGGUGUCGAACUGGACGUGGGCGUGAGCUGGGGCUCCAGCGGCGGAAACGCAUGCCCAGAAUGCCGAGCCGAGUCCAUGUACAUUUCAGCCGUUGGUGACAGGAUUGGAUACACGGUUUUAGCUUCCGAAUUGUUUGCAUUAGCAAAUCUGCCGGUGGACGCCAAGCUGUUGGACAACGAGAUCUUUGACAUGUUGUCCAAACAGGUCACCGAUGCCAUCUCGAACCCAAAACUUCCCCGGAUGUUCCAGCUAUUAAACUCCCGGUAUUCGGAGGAGAUCAAGUUAGUUUUGGAACUAUUGAUCUUUAGACUCACAGUUUGGUCCAAAAACACAAGUUAUGGCCUGCUGUUGCAGAACUUGGUCAUGUCCGACGGAAAAGCCCGUUCCAGAAAGUCCAAGUCGGAGCUUUCGUCCAUCACCAAGACGUUGCUCUUAUCGCAUCUAGUUCUCAACUAUGCAUACAAAAAACUCGAGUCGUAUCUUUACACGCACGAAGAGGACGACGGGGACGACGAAGAGCUGUCUUUUUGGCGCUCGCGACUCCAAAGUCUCGUCAAGUCCCUCGCAAACGUCCUCCCCGUGCUGAAAAAAUGGUACACGGGACUCUCGCUCGCCAACUUCCUGCUGUUCCUCGUCAACGGUCGGUACCCGAACCUGCUCACACGACUGCUACGCAUCACAUACAAGCCAAUGGUGCGCACGCAGGUCUCGUUUGCAUCGAACCCAGAAACCAUCUCGUACGAGUUCCAGGACAGACAGCUCGUUUGGAACACGCUGACCGAGUUUCUCGUGUUCAUCAUGCCGAUGCUGUCUGUUCCACGCGUGUCGAAACCGAUUCUGCGGCUGUUCCACGCCAAUCAGCCGCCAGAAAGAGAUUCCACAGCAGUGUACAAGUUUCUGCCAGAAAGAUGCUGUGCCAUCUGCUACCAAAACACCUCGCUGGCCGGCACCAGCGACGCGGCCAUCGACGACCACCUGAUCACCAACCCGUACGAAACCAGCUGCGGUCACGUGUACUGCUACGUGUGUUUGCUAAACAAGCUCGAGGAGUCGCGACAGCUGGGCGACGAAUCAUGGCAGUGUCUCCGAUGUGGAUCGGGAGUCGAGUACGUUCGGGUGUUUGACGGCGAGGUGGAGGAAGACGAAGAGGAUGACGAAAAGGAAGACGAAAAGGACUACUCUGACUAUUCGGAUGAUUCUGCCGAUGGCAGCAGACCAGUAGUCGUUGAACAUGUAGUCUUCGUUGCCGGCCACAGAUUGGCCGAUCCAGAACAGCUCCUUGUCGCCCCAAACGUUCUCAUGGAUCGGUUUCAGCAGCGCCAAGUAGAUCGUGGUGAACAUGCCGUUCCAGUACUUUGGUCGCUGGAUCGCAACCACACCCGACUCCAUGUAGUGUCCAAACUCAAGAGUGAAAUACCGCGAGCCCAAAGUUUUAUAGGUUGCUCUUUUCACGUCAAAGAUCUUGGUGUCGAGACCUUUGGGCAGCAGACGUUUCAGAAAGUCGAUGAACCCGUCGUUCACGCGCAUGAUGAGGUUUCUGUCGCGGAAAAAAACGCUCUGGGACGAUUGAUACUGUGA